AUUUCAUAUAUUUUUCUUACCCUAAAUUUAGAAAAAAGAAGAAAAAAAUGUUUGAUGAUGGAUUUGAAGGAAAAAAUAUUUUAUUUUAUCUCAUUUAUAAUUUCCAUUUUUCUUGGUCUUUUUUUCCCUUUAUCUGUUGAUUCACAAUGCAAUAAAAAUUUAGUAAUUAUAAAUUUUGGUGACUCAAAUUCUGAUACUGGUGGAUAUGUUAUAGUACGUGGCAUGAUUGGACAGCUUCCGAAAAUACAUACUUUUAAUCAUGAUUUAUCUGGUCGAAUGUGUGAUGGCAAAUUAAUUAUCGAUUUUCUAUGUGAAAGUGUGGGAAAUGGAUAUUUGACUCCAUUUAUGGAAUCAAUAGGCAAAAACUUCACAAAUGGAGUCAAUUUUGCUAUUGCUGGUUCUAAAACUCUUCCAAAAUUAAUUUUUUUCAAUUUGCACAUCCAAUUUGCUCAAUUCAAUCGGUUUCGAUCUCUUUCUCUCGAGUUAUUUAACAAAGGUGAUGGAAAUUUGCUAGGAGAUGAAGAUUUAAGGAAUGCACUUUACACAAUUGAUAUUGGACAAAAUGAUUUGGAUGGAAUAUUUAGUAAAGUCACAAAUGAAAAAGCAAUUCUCAAAAUUCCUGAUAUUAUUUCUGAAAUUGAAAAUGUUAUAAAGGGAAUUUAUGAACAAGGUGGAAAUAAUUUUUGGGUACAUAAUACAGGACCAUUAGGGUGUUUGCCUAAAUCACUUGCAACAUAUAAGAAAAAUGAGAGUGAUUAUGAUGAAAAUGGAUGUUUAAUUUCAUUUAAUGAAGGUGCAAAAAUAUUUAAUAACAAAUUACAAGUCCUUUGUGAAAAAUUAAGAGAUGAAAUGAAGAAUAUCACCAUUGUAUAUGUUGAUAUCUACUCCAUCAAAUAUGAUCUCAUUGCUAAUUCUUCUAAUUAUGGGUUUGUGAAUCCAUUAAUGGGAUGUUGUGGAUAUGGAGGGCCACCAUACAACUUUGAAUCAAACAACAAGUGUGGACAAGGAAACUACACAAUAUGUGAAGAUAGGUUCAAGUACAUUAGUUGGGAUGGUAUUCACUACACAGAAGCAGCUAAUGGCUUUGUUGCCUCCAAAAUACUCUCAACACACUACUCUACACCUCCACUCAAGUUACAUAGCUUUUGCAACAUUGCACCUUGAUAUGUCAACUAGAUUAUUGUCAAUCACAAUUGUUCUUAUAGUUAAAUGAAAGAUUUUAUAAUUGAGCCGUGAGUCUUUCAGAAACAAACUCUCUGCCUCCACGAGAUAAUGGCAAGGUCUACGUACAUUCUACCUGUUCUUGUAAUAUAUAGACAAGGGAUACAACAAUGAUAAGGGAGACUGCAUGAAAAACUAUAUAUCCAAAUGGAGCAAAAGAACAUUAAGAUGCAUUUUUACUUCAAUACUCAAAUAGCUCAUACCAGGAUGGAUGCUAACAAAUGAGUGUAUAUCCAACAACAGGCAACAAGAUCAAGUUCAAGAUGACACCAAAAAUGGUGAAACUCCAUAGUACCUACUUCAAGACGGUUUUUGAAGUACAUAGAUUAUUCAGAUAAAAGAAUCUUCCCAUCAGUUUGGAUAAAGUAGUCUUCCCAAAACUAUAAAGGUAGGAAUAUGGAAAAGAUCAAA